AUGCCAUCCACUUCCCCUCCAAGUCAAAAAUCCCCCCUCUCAAAUACUCCACAAACCCAGCUAAUCUCCUCCAGACCAAUCUUAUCAAGAAGAAAACUUCAGUUGCAGAAAAUGAAAGAAGACACCUUCCACCAUGAAACCUUCAAUCCCACCCACCCUCCCAUCCCUCUUCAUAACAAAAACGAAAUCUCAUUAAAUCCCCGAACUCCAAACCAAUCAGCACCGAACAAUCCCGACCUCAAUCCGAACAAGCAAUCCCUUCAAAUCAAACCAAAAGUCACCAGCUUUAUCCAUCCAUCUUCUUCCUCUUCCUCGCCAUUACAGAGCUCCAGAAAACACAGAAACCAAACUCGGAAACCUCAUCCUGCCACCUCCACCAUGUCCCUUUCCCAUCGCUUUUCUGCAGAGCUUCCUCAAUCCGCAAGGCUUCACUCUCUCCAAAUUCGCAGAAGCAAGUCCUGCGGAGACGGGAGAUCAUCUUCUCCUCCCGACGAUUUCGACACCAUGCCGAAAAAACCGAUUUUUGAUCAGCAUCAGAACGGCAUUCACGUUCUGUAUCAAGACUGCAGCAACAGCAGCUCCGACGACGCAGAUUUAGAACCAAAUUCUUCCCAAGACGAGACCUUUAAAUGCAGCGCACUGUGUUUGUUCCUCCCCGGCAUCUACAGGAAGAAAUCAGCACAUCCAACUCAAUCUGAACCGAACAACACAGAACUCGAAUCCGCAGACAGAGCAAGCACGGCUUCAAAAGUAGCUUCAUUUGAGAAAUUUGAGUGCGGUUCAUGGAGUUCUCCGGCGAAUCUAGAGCAUGACGAGAGCGGGCCUCUGUCAUACUUUGAUCUGCCAUUGGAGCUCAUAAGGUGCAGCACGAACGAGAGCUGCUCGCCUGUGAAAACCGCAUUUGUUUUCGAUAAGGAUUUGAAGGGGGUUUUGAAGAAGAAUUCUGUCUCGAGAUUGGGAUCGAGGAAGUCUUGUGAGUCUAACAACAGACAUGUGAGGUUCUCUACUUCGUCUCCUACUUCAUAUCCUGCUUCUCCUACUCUGUCUCCCUGUAUUACACCGAGGUUGAUGAAGGCCAGGGAUGAGUUCAAUGCUCUUCUUGAAGCUACGGGUGGGUGA